AACGUACACGCACCCAGGGAAUCGGAAAGGGUUGCGAAUGACGUCGCCGACCGUUGACGGGGAAUGCGAGAGGCGAUCCGACGGGGGUGGGAAGAGGCAAGAAGAGGCAGAAGAAGGAGCACCACCGAGGAGGAACGGGGGAAGGAGAAACGGGUGAGAGUAGACAGACGAUCCUCCGAAACGGGAGAGAGAGGAGUCAGCCUCGCCUUCCUCUCGAAUCUGGAGCAUCCAAGAAAGUGAAACUGCUAAUGCUAUUCCUCCGGAGGGGGAGGUCACGUGGUGCGGAGGAUGAUUCCGCGUAUAUAUAAGCUGCCAUGGAGGUUUUUUGGCCGGAGGUGCAUCUCGAGUCGUGAAGCCCCUCUGAGUGAACUUGCAGUUGGGGCCCUGUAGUGAACAGUGUGCGCAGUCGUCGGGUUUCUUCUCCGGAUCGUGCGCAGCCACAGACAGAAUGAAGGCGCCGCCAGUGCUGUUCCUAAUAGGGGCAGUGCUUCUUCAAGGUGGAUCCGCGGCUCGGCGUCCGUCGGCCGGUUACGGUGGUGCCGACGAAUUCCUGAACCAAGUCGGAGGUGGGACCACGGCAAGACCCCAAGACUACGGCGACGGGCGCGAUUACACCACCGGUGAUCUCCCGGCUCCGCACCCGGGCGGUCACGACGCCUAUUCCAACGGGGACGACGGCUACGGAAAAAAUGGGCACGGUGGACCUUCCACGACCGGGCCUGCGGGUCCGUUCGGAGCGACUGGAACCACCGGUCCAGCCCAUCCGCACCACGGAACUGGUGCAACCGGUAGUCCCUUCGGCCACACGGGGCCGGCCGACGCGACAGGAACCACGGGCUAUCCUGGCUUCGGACACACCGGAACCACCGGCCACGGUGGUCAUCAUGCUGGAACCACCGGCCACACGGGUCACCAUGGUGGUACAACCGGCCCCACCGCCCACGGAGGAACAAUCUUUCACACCGGGCACCACGGUGGAACUACUGGCCCCACGGGCCACGGUGGGACAACCUUUCACACAGGUCACCAUGGCGGCGCCACCGGCCACACUGGACCAGGAGGACAAUUUGAACCCUUCAGGGCUACCGGCGGUCCUGCGGGACAUUCGGACCAUCUCAGACCCGGUCCUGCGUACGUUCCAGGAGAGCCAGGGGGUCCCGGUUAUGGUCCAUCGGGACCUUCCGAGCCCUUUCAGGGGCCAUCCGGUCCUGCCGGACCAUCCUUUGGACCUGCCGGUGGACCCGGAACAACCUUCGGUCCUGGGGGUGAUCAGACCGGACCAACUGGGCCAGCUUCGGGACCAUUUGGCGUAACCGGACCGAGGACACCAUUCCCGACCUUCCCAUCGACUAGGCCUGCUGGUCAUGCUGGUACUGCCACGGCGGGAGGACCUGGCACAUUCGGGUUCACGGGACAACCGGCCGGGCCAAGUCAUCACGGCGGUCCAGGGGGACCUGUUGGUCCGGCAGAUUUGGGACUACCGGAGACUUCGCAGCCGCCCAGUGGUCCUGGAUUUUCACACGGAGCUCCCCAUGGCGGGCAGCAACAGGGCGGCGACUAUGACGAUGGGCAGUACCACGGCGAUGAUGGACAAGUCUGGCCCGCCAUCAGAGGCACUCCAGGACAGGACUACCCGAUCUACAACACCGUGCCGCAGACCGGAUUUAGCUGCAAGAGCCACCAGUAUCCAGGUUAUUAUGGCGACACAGAAGCACAAUGUCAGGUCUUCCACAUAUGCCAAGAAGACGGCAGGCAUGAUGCAUUCCUGUGCCCCAACGGGACAGUAUUCAACCAGAGGUUCUUCGUCUGCGACUGGUGGUACAACUUCGACUGCAACGAAACCCCUCAGUUCUACGACCUAAACUCCCAGCUGUACGUGGUCCCUGAAGGCGGAUUUCAAGGUGGCCCAUCUGGAGGACAAUCCGUUGGCCCAGGCGUCGGACCCGGAGUCGGUCCAGGCGUCGGGCCCGGAGUCGGUCCAGGCGUCGGACCCGGAGUCGGUCCCGGUGGUUACGAAGGACCUACACACCACGACGGCGCGACACAUCAUGGCGGUGUCACCCACCCCGGAGGCCCGACUCACCAUACUGGUCCUGCCCACCACACUGGUCCUACUCAUCACACUGGUCCUCCCCAUCACACUGGUCCUGCCCACCAUACUGGUCCGCCCCAUCACACUGGCCCUGCCCAUCACACUGGCCCUGCCCACCACACUGGUCCGCCCCACCACACUGGUCCUGCCCACCAUGGUGGUCUGGCGCAUCACGGCGGUCCAGGAGCUGACCACACCGGACACACCACGCACAGACACCCCGGAAGCACCACUCCUGGCGGAUCUUUCACGGGAGUCCCCGGGGGUGGAUUCCCUGAGGAUAAAUCACCCUUUACUGGCGGUUUCGGUGGACCAACCCACGGCGGACCAACUCAUGGCGGCACUGGACAUACCGAACCGGGACACGACGGCGGCGGACACACUCACGGCGGACCUACCCACGGCGGUCUCGGACACGGCGGUCCAAGUCACGGUGGAGAUGCCGACAGCGACGAUUACGGCGACGCUGGGAGACCGGGCUAUGGUGGCGGAUCGCGAGGUGGAAGACCGACGGGCGGCCUGGGUACGACACCCACCGAUUACUCGACUGGAGCGGGCUUGGGUGGCGACGACUACGCGACUGGCGGAGGCAAGCUGACCACAGGGGCAGGAGGACACGGACACCACACGACGCAUCACGAGCUGCCUACGCCUCACCGCGGCGGCGGAGGCAACGGUGAAGACGCGGCUGAAAGAGGACAGCUCAAAUACCCGAGCUACUACUGAGCGGAUCGCCCUAGGUUGAGUGGUUGUGUAAAAUACUUUGUGCGUGGCGGGUUGGUGCCACGACGGUGCCGACACGCGAGUGAGUGUGCGUGCUUCACCUCUUUUGCAAAAUCAGUCUGCAUUCCCCAGUCGCGAGUGUCUGUGUUCAUCGCUUGAGUACGUGAAAUGUAUUUGUUAACUUGUUUUCGAGUAUAUUAUUAUAUCUAUAGAGGUUGAAAUAAACGUUGUUUUUGUUGA